AUGUCUGACUUUGUUGGAAAAACCAUUUCAUUGAUAUCAAAAAAACAUAUACGUUAUGUUGGUAUAUUAGAAAAUAUAAAUGCCGAAGAAGGUACCAUUGCCUUGAAAUCGGUCAGAAUGUUUGGUACUGAAGGUAGAAUGAAUAAUCAACCACAUUUAGAAGUUCCACCUGGUCAUGAAAUUUAUAGUUAUAUUGUAUUUGGAGGUAAUGAUGUUGCAGAUUUGUCAGUUUUAGAUACUCCUAUCGAAGAAGUAAGACCAAUUUAUCCUCCUCCACCACCAGUUGGAGGAUUUUAUCCACCAGGUCCACCACCUCACCAAUUUCAGCAGUAUCCACCUCAAUUUCAUCAGCCACCUCCACCUCAACAUCCAAACUAUCAACAACCUCAAACUCAGACGAGAAACGAGCCACAACAACAGCAACAGCAUCAACAACAGCAGCAUCAUCAUCAACAACAACAACAACCAACGCCAACUUCAACUUCUGAAACUGCUACGACAACCACUGAAACCAAACCAAAACCUUCAAACACUCAGCCUGCUCAACCAAAAGAAACUGGAGCGCCAAAACCUACUCAAAAAGAACCAACUAAAACCACAAAUGAAAAAGUUGAACCAACCAAGACAGAAAAAGAAACAGUUCCAAAAGCACAAGAACAAUCAGUUCCAAAUCCAGAAGAAUCAAAAUCUACUAAAUCAAAAGGAACAGAAUCAGUGCCGCCAAGUUCUCAACCUAGAUCAAGACCAUCUGCAAGAUCCAAAAAGCAAACAUCAUUUAAUGAAGAUUUUGAUUUUGAAAAAUCAAACGAAAGAUUUAAAAAGGAAAAACAUGAAGAUAAAGAAGAUGAAGAAGAAGAAGAAAGACCUAAGUAUGAUAAACAAUCAUCAUUUUUUGAUUCUAUAUCUUCAUCAACUGAAGAAAGAGGAGGUAUGAAAUGGUCAGAAGAAAAAUCACUUAAUAUGGAUACUUUUGGAGAAUCUGGAUAUAGAGGUAGAGGAAGAGGUAGAGGUUUCAGAGGUGGUUAUAGAGGAAGGGGUAAUAGAGGUGGGUAUAGAGGUGGAAGAGGUAAUUGGAGAGGUGGAUCUAAAGAAUCAAAACCUGAAUGGGCUUAA